CCGCUGCCAUGUCGGGCCUGGGCGCGGGCUCGGCCCCGGCCUGGGUUCCCACCCACGUGCAGGUGACGGUGCUGCGGGCGCGGGGGCUGCGCGCCAAGGCGGCGGCGGGCGGCGGCGGCGGCAGCGAUGCCUACACCGUGAUGGCGCUGGGCCGCGAGAAGUUCUCCACAUCGGUGGCGGAGCGGUGCCAGGGGCAGCCGCUGUGGCGGGAGGAGGCCACCUUCGAGCUGCCGCCGCCGCCGCGGCCCGCCGCCCUCCGCCUCACCGUGCUGCACCGCGCCCUCGUCGGCCUCGACAAGUUCCUGGGACGGGCAGAGGUGGACCUGGCCGCGCUGCGGACCGACGGCGGCCGGCGGCACACCAGGUGGUACAAGCUCCGCUCCAAGCCGGGCAAGAAGGAGAAGGAGCGAGGGGAGAUCGAGGUGGACAUCCAGUUCAUGAGGAGCAACCUGACUGCCAGCAUGUUUGACCUGUCAGCCAAGGACAAGUCUCGCUCUGCCUUUGGCAAGCUGAGGGACAAGCUGAAGGGGAAGAGGAGCAGCGGGCUCUCGGACACGGCCUCGGCCGUCCUUCCCAGCGCCUCUGCCUCCUCCGGCGACAGCGACGAAGAGGCAGCCGAGAAGGAGAAGAAGAAAUCCAAGUUCAAAAGCCUCUUUUCCAAGCCUGGCCUGCAGAAGAGCUCCCUCUCCCAGUCCAUGUCAGUCCUGCCCACGCAGCAGCCUGCCACCCCCAAGGUUCUGCUGCGGCCCAGCGACUUCCAGCCGCAGUGGGACGAGGAGGACUCCGAGACCUCUCCUUCCUCUCCUUCUCCUGUAUUCAGAUCUCGUAAAACAGCCACUUUGGACAAGCACCUAAACCCAGUGAGCACUAACCACAGCAGGAAGGAAGGGCUCUCACUGUUCAGCGGCCUUAAAUCCAAAAAUGAUCCAGUUUCCAAGUCCAGUCUGUGCAUCAAUGGCAGUCAUGUCUAUAUGGAAGAGAGCAGGGCCAAGGACAACACUCCAGCCUCUUCCCCCUCUCCUCACAACUUCAGGAGGAAGCAGCUCUUUGCUUCAGAAGAGAACCUGUCCUCCAGGUCUGCUAAAACCCCUGAAGAGGCAGGAAGAACAUCUCCUAGCCAUGCUUUCUCUGGGUCUGCAUCCCUGGAGACCUUUAAAUCCAUGACCUUGCCAUCAUACAAGUUGCUUAGCAGUGAAGAACAGCUGGAGCCCAGCCUUCCUCCUGCUGGGGAGGUCAUUAAAGAGCCCAAAAAGCCAGAGCCCAAAAAGUCUGCCUUGCUCUCUCUGGUCACUGGGAAGAAGGAUGCAGUCAAGAGCAGUGAUGCCGAGGGUAUCCCUGACAGCACCUUGCAGGGUGAGGCAAGCUGCAUUCCAGAAGAGAAGAGUGAACAAGAGACCAAACAGCUUGAACCUGCAGCAGAUGGAAGCAGAGGCAGUCCCCCAGAAGACAGCCAGCAGGCAGAGGAUGGCUCUGCAAGCAAGCAGCCUCUCAACCCUUUCGAGGAGGAGCGGAGGCCUGAGAGAGCUGCCCCUGCAAAGACCAAAGCUGUCAAGCCCAGGCUCCAUCCUGUGAAGCCCAUGAAUGCCACAGCAAGCAAGCCCCAGAGUAAAACCCUGAAUGUCAUCAGCACUAUGAAUGAAAAGCUGCUGGAGAUGAACAUGAAGAAGUACGAGCCCUCAGACCCUGCCUAUGCCUAUGCCCAGCUGACACACGAUGAGCUGAUCCAGCUGGUCCUCAGACAGAAGGAUACCAUCAGCAGGAAAGACCUCCAGGUGCGGGAGCUGGAAGACUACAUCGACAACCUCCUCGUCAGGGUCAUGGAGGAGACCCCAAACAUCCUGCGGGUCUCAACCUCUGGCAACAAGAAAGCUGGGAAGAUGUGACAGCUUUCUGGGGGCUCUUGG